UUAAGUCUAAAUUAAAUAAUUGUUUUUGUCAAAUCUAGUGCUGUACAUUUUAUAGGCUGAUAAUAGUCAUUCUGUACUUCUAACUUUGGUACGAAUGUAUUAAAUACUUAUUGUUAAUAAUAUUUUCAAAUAACCUUUUAUAAUAAUACUAUAGAUAAAUCACACACGUCAUCGUUUUUCUACUUAAUAUCGCCCGUAAAAAUGUUAGUCUUUUAACGAAUUUCAAUUGUUCCACAAUAUGAUCAGGUAUUGUAAAUUAUCUAUGUAUGAGAGGUAUACACAGCGCUGCCGUCGUUACCGUCACCGGUCGGUCGGUCACCUGUGCGGCGGCGGCAGUAAAAACUAUUAUUACACCUGGAAAUAAUAAUAAAUUAUUUGAAAAGAACAUUCGUGUAAAAUAAAUAUCGGAAAUUUCGAUGUGGCGCCUUGUAUGUUCCCUUUCUUUAACGUCGACCCUGAGUACUCUCCCUCCGCUUCGAGUUUUUGAGACUUUUCUCUGAGCCGCACGCCAUUGGGUUUUACCUCUCGAAGAAAGGUCCGUCGAACGAGUGACGAUGACCGCACAAUAAUUCUGUAUCUAUCAUACUAUAUAGUUUAUAAUAUAUCGUAAUACCGUAUGCGCUAAGUAAUACUCCGGUCGUUCUAUUCGUCAACAGUGAUUUUCCGAAGUCCGACAUAAUAUCCGCGACACUCUUCGAAUAUAUCAUAUUAAUAUCAGCUCUUCGUACAUAUUAUAUAAUCAGCUUCUACUUUUUUAAUAUAUCAUUUAAUAUAUUAUUGUACUGCGACCGAUCCGGACUCGAUGGCCACGUCGUCGUCGUUCGCGCAAAUAUGGUCGGGCGUGCAAGUCGAGUACGACGAGGGCAAGCUGACGGCGGACGCACCCCACUCGCCGCCCACGCCGAUAGUCCGCCGACCGUCAAAGCCGAAGACUUACCCACAGCAGGUGGGGUACAAAUGGCAAAUCGUGUGGCGCAACGUCAUCGGUUUCGUCGUAUUGCACUCGAUCACCAUCACCGGGUUUUACAUGAUAUUGUUCGGACUCGUCCAAAUAAAAACCAUACUGUUCAUGUGUUUGGUGGGAAUGUGUAGCGGUCUGGGCAUAACGGUCGGAGCUCACCGGCUGUGGGCUCACCGGUGCUAUAACGCGCGUCUGCCCAUGAGAGUGUUGCUGGCCAUUUUCCAGACUCUGGCUUUCCAGAACCACAUAUACGAAUGGGUCCGAGAUCACCGGGUUCACCACAAGUUCACCGACACGGACGCCGACCCACACAACUCCGCUCGAGGAUUUUUCUUCUCACACAUGGGCUGGCUGAUGGUCCGCAAACAUCCGGACGUAUCCGGCAAGGGCUGUGUGGUCGAUAUGAAAGACCUGGAAGCCGAUCCGGUGGUCAUGUGGCAGAAAAAAUAUUAUUUAUGGCUUGUUCCCCUGGUAACGUUCCUGAUUCCGUCUUACAUCCCAUACUGGUUGUGGCAAGAACGUUUUUGGUAUUCGUUUGUCGUAGUCGGCGUCACUCGUUACAUGAUAUCGUUACACUUCACGUGGCUGGUUAACAGCGCUGCACAUAUAUGGGGCACAAAACCAUACGAUAAGAGCAUCACACCCACCGAGAACCCUACUGUGGCACUGUUGGCGUUCGGCGAGGGAUGGCACAACUACCAUCACGCGUUCCCGUGGGACUACAAAGCGGCCGAGCUGGGCAAUUACCGGCUAAACUUGAGUACGGCGUUCAUCGACGCGUGCGCCCGGCUAGGUCUGGCGUACAAUCUGAAGACGGCCAACGCCGACCUGGUGGAGAAACGGUCGCGCAGGACGGGCGACGGCACCAAGCGACACCAUCACGAGCACCACAAUCACCACCACGUGGAUGGCGGUGUCUGGGGAUGGGGCGACGAAGACAUGGCCGAAGACGACAAACGAGUCGUGCAAGUGAUCGACUGACCGCGACGGACUUCCGGUCGACGAGACCAAUAUUAUUAUACUUUAAUAUAAAUUGUAUAUAUAUAUUAUAUAUACGUGCACAUUCCUCCGAAAUCGCGUUUACACCUAUAUCGAUAUAAUAUUAAUUACGUGUUGGUAUAUCGUAUAAUCAUACCCUUCGAGACAACGUCCUCCUAGUUUUACGGUUUAAUUUAAUCUUUAUUUUCUUAUUUUUUGUUUAUGUACUACACGUUUAUACAACACAUAAACUACCGUUACUGUAUUUGUAUUAUUAUUAUUAUUAUUGUUUUUUUUUUUUUUUUUUUGUAAACAGAUUUUAACGAAUCUAAAAUAAAGUUUGUUUUUUUUUUAUCCUCAUA